CACCGCAGCUGGAGGCUGGGCUCGUGACUCACAGCGACCCAGCUGAGGAGCAGCGAAGUAGCCUCAGGCAGUCGCAGACCGGCCUCCAUCACAGCUGCAGUAGCGUCGUGGACCCAGGUUGGUCUCGGCAGUUAUGGGGAAGCUACCUAUGCUGAAGCAAUGCUGCUGUGGUUGUUCUCUCAAGAGGGGCAGCAUUAUCAUUGGAGCUCUGGGAAUAGUACACGGGAUAGCGACCAUCGUCGAGGCAGUUCAUCUUCUCUGCGGGACAUGCCCGACAACGUUCAAGAUGAGCCUCGGGUCAGAGGGUGAGAUGACGGUGGUGACGGGAAGCGUGUUGGGCUCGCUACUCAUCGCUCUCGGAAUCGUCCUCAUAGUUGGUAGCGUCAUGGAGGCGCCGCGAGUGGUGUGGGCGUGGGUGGUGGCGCGCGGCCUGGUCGGGCUGCUGACCGUCUUCCUGGUGCCCAUUAGCAUCGGGCUGAAGGUGGCGGAGGGCGGCGUCAGCCACCUUUUUGCCGCUCACGCGUUCCUCGUCUUCGGCGUCCCCGAGAUAGGUCUGGACAUUUACUUCCUGCUCGUGGUGCACAGCUUCUACCGAAUAAUUGCGGGAAACGAACCGCCGCCUGAAGACGUCUGACGGCUGACUUCUCACUCCGAUGGCGCCGAAACCAUCACUGCUGGUCGUACUCCCUGUCCAAAUACAACCGCAUGAACUGCGGUGCACGCAAGUGUUUUCGUGUGUGUGUGUGUGUGUGUGUGUGUGUGUGUGUGUGUGUGUGUGUGUUUGUGUGUGUGUUUCACAGCAUAUUUGUAUUUAUUCUCAAUAAAUUCAUGAGAGAUGAAA